UCCCUUUUCUAUUUUAAAAUAAUGACGGAAACCGUAUCAGCGCCUCAGGUUACUUUGAGAAGGCUGUAUCCUGGUAGACGCUUAGAAGAUACUUUUCAAUGGCCAUUUGAAACUUUAGAUUCAUUAGAAUCAUCUUUUAAUGUUCAAGAAUAUUUGCAACAAUUAAUACGUUUAAAUUGUGGGGAUGUCCAACGCAUCAUUCAAUUACCAGAGAAUGUCGACGACGAAGUGUGGCAAUACGAACAUUUACGUCAGGUGUGCUUAGAGCUUAGUUUACUUGUAGUAGCAUUAGAAUCAGAAUGUAAUCGGGAGAAUUGCCCAGAAAUGAAGGCAGAUGGCUGGUUAUAUCUCUGCGCUGCUCACCCUUCUACACAAUCCUGUCCAGCCAUUGAUUAUAUUAUACACACACUGGAUGGUGCAACAAUCUUACUAAAUAACUCUAAAUACUUUCCCAGCAGAAUUUCCGUACCUGAGCCUUCAUUAAAGCAUUUCCAAUCUAUUGCCAGACGUCUCUAUCGUAUUUUUGCACAUGCUUAUUUUCAUCAUAGAGAAAUAUAUGAAUACUUUGAGAACGAAACAAGCUUAUAUGCAAGAUUUCUGUUAUUGGCUCAAACAUACAGUUUAGUUCCUCCCAGUCUAAUCAGUAUCCCUGAUACUGAUAAUACCGCAAAUGAAGACGACGAUGAAGACGAUGGCUAUAAUAGAAACAUACCUCACAACACGUCUGCCAUACAAUUAUCCCGAGGUCAAGAAUAAUUAGCUACA